AUCCACAAGGAAGAAGUGAACGAGGCAUCUUCACAAAUUAUCUGCGCCAUUCAAGACUUCUGACUGGGAGGGAAAAUGUAGUGCGAAUAGAAUACGGCGACAAUCAAAAAUAAAGCAAAGUUAAGUGGACGUACGGGAUGCGGAAGUGAGCGAGGAAGCGAACAAGGAGCGUCUGUAAGGGGGGAUGUCAAAGCGAGUGCGAAGCAAAGAGGUCUGCGCAGACUGCAGCGCCCCGGAGCCUCGCUGGGCCUCCGUCAACCGGGGUGUGUUGAUCUGCGAUGAAUGCUGUAGCAUUCAUCGCGGUUUGGGACGACACAGCUCCCAAGUCCGGCAUUUGACCCACUCAGUGUGGCCCCCGUCCCAGUUUCAGAUGGUCCAGACACUUUACGGAAAUGGAGCUAAUUCCAUAUGGGAGCACAGCCUUCUGGACCCCUCUUCUUCCUCCUCCUCUUCCUCAGCUAGUGGCAAGCGUAAAGCAAAUCCUCAAGAUCGUGUUCAUCCCAAUAAAACAGAGUUCAUCAAGGCCAAAUACCAGAUGUUGGCAUUCGUCCAUCGCAUGCCUUGUCGGGAGGAUGACAGCGUGACCGCCAAAGAUCUCAGCAAGCAACUGCAUUCCAGCGUUCGAACGGGGAACCUGGAGACCUGCCUGAGACUUUUAUCCCUGGGAGCACAGGCCAACUUCUUCCAUCCGGAGAAAGGAAACACGCCACUGCACAUAGCAGCAAAAGCGGGACAAUUGUUACAAGCCGAGCUAUUGGCUGUGUAUGGAGCUGAUCCCGGCGCUCUUGACUCCAUUGGGAAGACCCCCAUUGACUACGCUAGACAAGCUGGGCAUCAGGAGCUGGCCGAGCGCCUCGUGGAGAUCCAAUACGAACUCACCGAUCGCUUAACAUUUUACCUUUGUGGACGAAGACCAGAUCACAGAUUUGGCCAUCACUUCAUCAUCCCUCAAAUGGCAGACAGCAGUCUAGAUUUGUCAGAAUUUGCAAAAGCCGCCAAGAAGAAGCUCCAGUCUCUAAGUAACCAUCAGUUUGAAGAGCUUGCUAUGGAUGUUUACGACGAAGUGGACAGGCGGGAAACGGACGCGGUGUGUUUGGCCACUCAGAACCACAGCACACUGGUAACAGACACCACGGUGGUCCCUUUCCUGCCAGUCAACCCCGAAUAUUCCUCCACCAGAAACCAAGGUCGUCAAAAGUUGGCAAGGUUUAGCGCCCACGAAUUUGCCACCUUGGUCAUCGAUAUUCUGACAGAUGCCAAACGUCGGCAGUGGGGGAACUCCUGCGAAAGUCCGAAAGAGAGUGUGGAGCUGAUCCUGCAAGGAAUAAACAGUCGCCACAGCAGCGAGAGCCAAGACAACGACCAGCCCGACUACGACAGCGUGGCCUCGGAUGAAGAUCCCGUCCAAGAGGCGACCCGCAGGGACAACGGCACCGAGGGAAGAACCAAGGUUUGCCGAAGCACCUACUUCUUCCGCACACACGAUGAUCAAUUGAAUUUCGUUGACAUGCACCAGAGCUCUGAGUCAUCCGACUUGUCGGACGGUCCCAUCACGGUUCAGGAGUUCAUGGAUGUGAAAAGCGCCCUCACCGCCUCGGAAGCCAAAAUCCAACAGCUUCUCAAAGUCAACUGUCACCUGAGCGAAGAACUGCGAGCCAUGCAGGGCAAGCUGAACUCCCUUCAAACGGAGAACACGACGCUGCGGUGGCAGGCCCCGGGCUCCCAGCACCAGGUCCAGGGGCCCGUGGGCCGACACCAGACCCGCGGCGGACGCGCCAUGUCGAUGUACGAGACCGGCUCCAUCUCCAGACAGUGCCCCCACCGCGACGACGCCUCUCGGCGGGAGGACGGUGUCGUCUUACAGCCCUUCCCUACCAAUAUAGGGAGGGGUCCUUUGGGAACGGCCGCUUCCUCCCUCCCAUCCUUCCCCUCCUCCCUGUCCUGGUCGCGGGAUGAGAGAUCUCGAAGGGGCUGCAGUUUGGAGGCACACGGCGCCGUGCUCAACUAUGAUGCUGCGCCGACCCACUCUGAACCAGAGGAUACUUGCAGCCCCCUUGUAGCCUCAGCAGCGGUGGAGUGCGAGACCGAAGGCGAGGAAGACGCCACUGCCCUUCCGUGCACCGAGGACGUCAUCUGUAAGACGGAGCAAAUCACCAAGAAUAUUCAGGAACUUCUGAGGGCCGCCCAGGAGACCAAACACGAAAGCUUCCUACCAUGUUCGGAGAAGAUCUGCGUGGCUGUGAAAGAGAUGGCCGCUCUGUUUCCCAAGAGGCCGUCCUCGGAGACGGUUCGCGGCUCCCUGUCGCUGCUCACCACCAGCGCCGGCCGGCUGCACGGCGAGUGCCGCGGGCCGUGCCCCCCCGCCGCCGCCGACGUCCAGCUGGUCACGCAACAGGUCAUCCAGUGCGCCUACGACAUUGCCAAAGCCGCCAAGCAGCUCGUCACUGUGACCACCAAAGAGAACAGCAACUAGCCAGAACCCCCCCCCCCCCUCCCCACCAUCCCUUCAACUCAAUUCAACCCACCCCCAAAUGGUCACUUCACGUCCUUGAGAACUACAUUCCUUUAUCUUGGAAAAUUGAACAGUAUUUAUUAUUACCUUGAUCGUGAACCACAAUGAUACGUCAAGACCAGGGGUUCGCAAACUUUUGUUUCCAAGGGAGAAAGAAAUCUAAUCAAUGGGCCAUAGGAAUUGAAAAAUUGAUUUUCAGAAAGAGUAAAAAAGUCCUAACGAUAUGGAGGACAUAUUAAAAAUGAUCCGACCUAAUAGUUCAUUAAAAAUUGUUUGCUUGACCCCAGUUUGGAAACCCCUGGUUUUAGACGGAGGAGAAGAUAUUACCUCACAACCGCCACAGCUAGCAAUUAGCAUUUCACUGAUAGCAAAGGCGUGAUUACAUAGAUUUGGAGCCAACCUCACUUUCAGUCCAUGUGCUCCAAAACAAAUAGGAUAUAUUGCCAUGGCAACGAUGAUAAACCCUCGGUAUUUGUGGAGGAUAAAAGCCGAGCCCUGCUGCGAAUAGAAAAGAAAUAUGAGAAGCUGACCGCCCCUCAAAUGUUUGGAUAUUUUGAAUAUUAGUAGUUUAAACCAUGAAUAUGUUACAUACUAUCCUCCCCAAAACACUUAAAUAACGAUAAAGAUAAUUGAUUUUGAAAUAUGCACCGGAAUUGCCCGUAUACAAUGAGCCCACCAUUUGUUAGCUUGAGCUUUUUUGCAAUAGUCUAUACGCAGAUCAAAAACAAAGCAGUGUAGAAUCUGUAACUUCCGCUAACAAUCCAGGCUAAAUAUUGCUCCUUCCUAACCUUAAAAACAAAACAACAAAAA